AUGCCCAGCGACCGCGAGAAUGGUUUGUCGUCCCCGCUGUUGCGGACCAAACCUUCACCUGAAGAGGAGCCCACAAGCCGGCAACGCAAUCCUUACAUGGAUUGGUGGCUGCGCAAAUGGCGGCUGAUCUUGUACACGGUGUGCUUGUUGGUAGCUUCUGUUGGGAAUACAGUCUUCUUCAAAAGAAUGACGUCGGCCAUGCCCAAUUAUGGGUGGUAUUUGACGCAGCUUUCCACGCUUAUCUACGUGCCGUUUUUUGCAACACUGGCCGGCACUGGGAUUACCCAGCAGGUGGAUUUCGAACUGGUGCGAAAAUUCGCGCUGAUGGGUGUUUUCGAUGGCCUCAGUGGCACCUUCAUGGUUCUCGGAGGUGUGCAUACUUCGGGCACGUUGCAGGUCCUCUUGGGCCAGGCAGUCAUCCCAGUGACAAUGAUGCUGUCGGUGAUGCUGCUACGUAAACAGUACCACAUGCUGCAGUACUUGGGCGCAACCACAAUCGUCAUGGGCAUCGUUCUGGACAAGGUGGUGUCGACUAACGUCCCAGCGGACUCGAUGGACCAGAACAAGCCGGUCUUCAAUUUCAUCUUCUGCCUCGCCUUGCUCCCACAGGCGCUUUCGACCGUCUUCAAGGAGAUUGCCUUCCGCGGCUUUGACGGCGACUUGGACGUGAAUGUGCUCCAGUUCUGGGUGGCGGUGUUCCAGGUGGUGGUGAAUUUCUGCGGCAUGCCUAUCUACACCCUCAAAGUUCUUGGCCCUCAGCAAGUGCCCCUGGAGGAGAUGAGCAGCAUUGCUGUUGGUGGCUCGCGCUGCCUCUUCUUUGCAGAGGACCAGGUGAUCACCAACUGCGGCUUGCCGGAUGCAGCCCGGCUUGUCACUGCAAAACCCACUCCCGGACUGAGAUUUUGGUCGGAGGGAGCGGGAUCGUUAUCAGAGGAAGUGCUCAUAGUGCUGUGCCUUCUUCUGUCAGUAUUUUUCCUUUCCGGUCUGCCCAACACUCAUCAUGCUGGAGUGCUUUGUGUCCGUUCCGUUUCUAGCAAGGGUGUUUGA